UACAGUAUCAUGGAGACGCGUGGAAUGUUCGAGACACCCGAGGCCAAUGCUUUUCAAAUAAAGAACAGAAUCGCGCGACCAUUCCUGUUCGAAGUGUUCGUAUCAAUUUUGUUGUUAAAAGCCAGUGAGAGGUAUCUCGUUGAAAACACAGCUAACGUAAAAGGAUGCUUUAUGAAUGAAAGUUGCCACGUAACCAAGGAGAACUCCUACAAUCACUCAACGAUUUCAACUCAACUCACAGUCAGUAUGUCUUUCACCAAAUUAAUAACAGUGCAUUCUGUGAACCAAUUAAUCAAUGUCAAUGCAAGGACAGAGAAGUCACUGAGAUCCAUAGAACUUCCUGCCGAGGGAGUAACUAGUGUCAUAUUUGAUGGUCCUAUAUUGGACCUUCUCUACGUUACGACGUCAAGAAUAAAACUAAAUGCAACUCAUAGAUUAGAAGAGCCCAAAGCUUGCUCUAUAUUUGCAGUGAAAGGCUUAGAUGUUCAUGUUUUGCUGUGAAUGCAUUUAAAAUGUACUAAGAAAACUUUUGACCCGAUUUUAGGAGUUCUGAUGACAAUUUAAAAUAUACCUUGUGAAUUAUUAACAAAUGUAGAUAAUCAUAAUGAAUACAUUGUAAUGUAGACACUAAGUUUGUAGUAAAUUUUAUUUAUUCGGUUGUCUGCGUAUCAUAAAUAAAUUAAAUUAAUGUACUACUUGUACGUCAAUUACUUUACAUUGGGAGACAAUUUGUUUUAACACAAAUUUUUUGCCGAAAUACACCUGUUUUAAUAGUGGGAGAUUUAUACCAAUGUACUGUUUCAAUUCUCGUUUGACACUGGUAAAAGCAUAGUCACACAUGAUCGCACCAGUUGUUGCAUCUCACUAUUUCGUGGAGUUCACGUUUCAUAUAAUAUAACUUUCUGAAUAUAUUAGAAAUCAUAGAUAUAUAACAAAUAGAAAUCUCGUCGAAGAAAUAUUGUAAUGAUAUCACUAUUUUGAUAUUGAGUAAGCAACAUUGAUCAUUUAUCACGUAAUAUUAUGCCUUCGAUGUUGUAAAUUAUAAUUAUAUCCCUGCAAUGCGUUAACGAUGUUCUUUAUUGGAUAUAACCUUAUUUGAACGAUUACAACUAUUUUUAAAAAUUACUGUUACCACGGGCAGUUAUACGAAUAUGUACAAUCAUGACUUACAUACGUCGUAAAGAAAAGUACCAUAUUAUUAUAAUAUUAUUGAAAGCUGCAUCAAUUCACUGUUCGAUAGCAUGGUCAGGUUUGCUAAAAAGUAAUUCAACUGUUUGCAUAGGCACUUCAAGCUGGCAAUUAAUAUCAUAUCCAUUUGCGCAAAACUCAAGGUCGUUGUGCUCUUCAUUAGCUUUUUCGGCGCUAGAGUAGGGAUUAAUGUAUAAUGA